AUGGAAUCCCAGACCCCUCCUCUUUCUUCUGCUUCAAAUGAACAAACCACAAAAGAAGAACUCAGCAUUCAAUUUCAGACCCCAAAAUCUUCUUCUUCGUCUCCUUUUUCUGCAGUAGUAAAUAUUAGGCUAUGGAGGCCAGCAGCGCAGCGAAACCUUAGAAACCAAUGGUCGAAGUCGGCUUCUUUAUGGCAAGAUUGGCAGUCUUGCUCGUCCGCUACUCGCUCUCAAGCCACUACUCUUGUCAACUCCUUUCUCUCCCAAAAGUAUAUGGAUGCGAUGGAUUUGGGAAUUUUGAGUGGCAUGCUAAGUAUUCGGAAAAAAGCCUCUUCGAAGUUGUUUAAGCAACAAGAGAUUCAGCAUAAUAAACUCUUGGCAUCAUACAAAGAUAUGGUAGGCGUUGUAACUCAGAUGGUGAACACAUCUAGAUCUAUGAGGUGCUAUCUGAAAGGAACAACCAAUAGCCCCUUGGCUCAGUUUUCUCUCUCUUCUGAAAAUGAGAAUGAUACUGGUGAUGGUGGGGGAGCCCCAGUCUUCACAUUUUGGCCAAUCUCUCUUUUUGAAAAAGUAGCACAGGACCUUGUUCAGAUAUUUGUAACAGAGCUAAACUUGAAGAGGUUGCUUGUCAUGGAGCUGCUUUCCUUGGGUGAUGAAAGAAUUGCAGAUCUUAGUAGCUUGUGUUGGUCAGAUGAACUUUAUCCAGGAGAAUUUGAUGAUCUGCAUACAUGUUCCUUGUAUUCACAUGGAGCUAGCAAGCCAAUUCUUCCAAGCCUUGGGAAAGGCGAAGUUGAAUCUUUUCAACCUAGGCAUCAACAAGACCGGAAUGUUUUACAGAUUUAUUUAACUACUUUGAUUGCUGAGGUCAACGUAGAGAGAAGCAGGGUGGAUGAAAUAUUUGCUAGCACAGGAGCUGAAAUGCACGUGACUCUUUCUUGA